AUGGCCGCCUCGCUGGACCAGGCGCCCGAGAUGGCGCAGGUCAAGGUGGUGUUUACGACGACGGACGAGAACAUUCAGCUUCCAGAAUCCAAGCGCCAGCUAAUCGUGCCAGCAGACAUCCGCCGCUAUGGUCUCUCCCGCAUCCUCAACUCCGAGUCUAUGCUCGCGACCGAGCGUCCGAUCCCGCUCGACUUCCUCGUUGACGGUGCCUUUUUGCGCUCGACCCUGGCCGACUAUCUGCGCGACAGCGGUCUCUCGGGCGAAACCACGGUGACCCUGCAGUAUGUGCGCAGCCUAAUCCCGCCGGCCUUUGAGGCCAGCUUCCAACACGACGACUGGGUCAGUGCGGUCGACGUGGCUCCCGGUCGCUUGCUCUCGGGCUCCUACGACGGUCUGCUGCGCCUCUGGAACACCUCGGGCCACGUCACCGCCGUCUCGCCCGAUGCAGCCCACGGCGGCCACACAGCCGGCAUCAAGGCUGCUCGCUUUGUCACGUCCUCUCAGAUCGCCUCCGCCGGCAUCGACCGCACCGUCCGGAUAUGGAAGGCUCCCGUGCUCGAGAACGAUGCCGUGGAUGCGAUGGACACCGAUACCGAGACCAUCCAGCUGCUGCGGCCCACCCUGGAGCUGUAUGGCCAUAAGGCUAGCGUCGAUGCCGUGGCCACCGACAGCACCGCCCGCCGCGUCCUUACCGCCUCGGCCGAUGGCCAGAUCGGCGUCUGGACCACCAGCAAGGCCUCGGCUCCGGCUGCCCCCGAGUCUCUCUUGCCCGGGGCAGCUGCUGCUGCUGCCAAGCGCCGCAAAGUUGCCUCCUCGGCUCCCGACGUCCCGCGCCGUGGUCCCCUCGCUCUCAUCGCCGCCCACAAGGGCCAGCCAGCCACUGCUGUCGCGUUUGACCCGCGCGAUCGCACCGUCGCCUACUCGGCCGGCCAGGACGGCGCUGUCGCCACGCUCGAUCUCACCACCGGCCAAGUUGUCGCCACCGUCGCCACGUCUCACGCCUUGCUCUCUCUCUGCGCCGUCGGCAGCUCUUCUGCCAGCGGCAUCGCCACCACCACCUCCAGCUCAUCUCCCCUGCUCGCCGUCGGCAAUGCUGCCCGCAAUAUCGUCCUCGUCGAUCCCCGCGAGUCCGUCGCCACGACUGCCGUCAUGACCCUCCGCGGUCACGUCAACAAGGUCGUCGCUCUCGCUGCUGCUCCCGACAACAGCUACUCUCUUGUCUCCGCUUCGCACGACGGCACUUGCCGCAUCUGGGACCUUCGCAGCAGUCGCCGCGGCCUCCAGGACGGCGACGACGACAGCCAGCAGCCUGGCCUCGGCGCUGGACCUGCUGUCAGCGAGGCCGUCUACGUCAUCGACCGUGAGGGCCGCGAGGGCAAGGCCCGUCCGCUCGCCGGCGAGGGCGUCAAAGUCUUCGAUCUCGUCUGGGACAAGACCUGGGGCAUCGUCAGCGGCGGCGAGGACAAGCGCGUGCAGAUCAACCGUGGCCGCGACAUCGUCGCCCAGGAGGCAUAG